AAUCUGAACCAUUAGAUUUUAAUGAGGUUCAAUGGUUGAGAUUGGCUUAGUCAUGUGACUAAGGGACCCCCCCUAGUCACCUGAUCUUAGCCCUUAAAAAACAACGAGCUUUAGGUUUAUUUGACUCAUUGUCGACGUCUUAUCUGUUUUAACUUGUAUUCGUAUCUAUGUAUAGCUGAAAGAUGAUUCACUCCAUCCCUCUUUGAUGUUCUUACCACUUCUAUCUUCCAUCUUAGGCUAGUUGAUUGUUAAUAAUAUUCAAGUGAAUUCUAGGUAUCAUGUUUGAGGUCCUCUGCCUCCAUUUUGUUAAACUGGAAUAUGAUAUUGAUUCCCCUGUCUCAUGUCCUACAUAAACAGAUGUGUUCUUCUUGGGAUGAGCUGCGGCGCUAACAUCGCAAACAACUAGAAAGGUCAUUGAAGUAGGCAAGCUUCUGGACCCCAUCAAGGUUGUCGCACAAGUUCUAAUUUGCUCCUUCUUCAUAGGUAACAUACCAACACAUUCUGAGAUCAAGCUGGCAAACUCGUACUUGUAUGACAAGUCAAUGUGCUUGUUCACCUGGAAGCUCUUCCUCACGGAGGAAGAGUUCAGCCUCGAUCACCCGGCUUCCAACCCUCUCGUCCCGGGCAAGGGUGGCCCACCAUUGAAGCUCUUGCGGCCCACCUUCACGUUGGUGGUAGAACAAGAUUGGAUGAGGGAUAUGGCCAUCACUUACUCCGAGGAAUUGGGGAAAGUGAAUGUCGAUGCUCCUGUUCUGGAGUACAAGGAUGCAGUUCACGAGUUUGCUACCCUCGACAUGCUGCUGAAGACACCUCAGACUAAGGCAUGUGCGGAGGAUGUUGCGAUAUGGGUGAAAAAGUUUAUUUUGUUUCGAUGUCACAAUUUCUCGUAUUAGGGUAGGGGAAGAAGACCUUUGUUCAUGAUAUUGCGUCUUUUUUUGUAAGUUACGGAUCGAGAGAUGAUGAGAGAGGGAGAGCGGGGAAGAAUGUGAAGAGUGGGAAAGGAUAUGCCUUUUGGUUUCAUGAGGAGAGUAGGAUCUUUUUUUUUUGUUGCCAAAAGAUCACUCGUAUUACCGAGAAAACAACCAGAUACAAAGAGUCACAUAGCUGAAAAUAGCCAAGAAACAAAAUUGAACCCG